GAACCAGUCGAAUACCCAUAGUUUACUGUGCUAUACUGUGUCAUGAAGAUUUGUUUUUUUUUCCCGAUUGCUUGAUCUGCCGUAAAUGAUCAAUUACAUUUUAUCUACAAUUGAAAAUAGGUUUUGACACUGUUUUCAGAUAUACCAAUCGGAAUUUACGGCCAUUAAUGAUGUCAGCUGAUAACACACAUGAGAAAAAUGUCAAUUAUGGAUGCGAUGAACUAGAAGGUGAUUAUGAUUAUUACGGUAGUACAAAGGACCACUCGGAAAAGAACAAUGAAGAGAUGAAGUAUAAAUGUGAACAUUGUGGAGACAAAUUUGAUUUAAUUACUUUGAAAUCACAUUUGGGAAUCUCAACAGAAGCAGAAUUCCAAUGUGAACAAUGUGGAAUGAAAUUUACAAACAAAAGCAAUUUGAAUACACACCUAAAUACACAUAAGGGAGAAAAAGAAUUUACGGACAAUAUUCAUGGACAUUUGCGGGUACAGAGAUGUAAAAAACCAUACGAAUGUGAACAGUGUGGAAAAAUAUUCAGUAGAAGUACUGAUUUGAGAAGGCAUUUCAGGGUGCAUACAGGUGAGAGACCAUAUGAAUGUGAACAUUGUGGAAAGAAAUUUAAGGACAGCAGUCAUUUGAAAGUACAUUUGCAGGUACAUACAGGAGAACGACCAUUUGAAUGCGAGGACUGCGGAAAGAAAUUCAAUAUACGUAGCGAUUUGAGAAGACAUUUUAUGAUACAUACAGGGGAGAGACCAUUUGAAUGUGAACAUUGUGGAAAGAAAUUCAACAGAAGUGGUCAUUUGCGAAGACAUAUGAAAGUACACCCAACAGAGACCAUAUUAAUAAGGUAUCAGUGUCGGCAUCCUUUUCAGUUAUACAGUGUGAAUUCUACGAUGUCUACUGGUAAUAAUACACAGGAGAACAAUGUGGAUGAUAGCAGUGAAUUUGAUGGAAAUUAUGAGCAAAGUAGCAAAUCAAAGAUAUUGGAAAAGAACAAUGAAGAGAUGAAAUUUAAAUGUGAACAUUGCGGAGAUAAGUUUGAUUUAAUUACUUUGAAAACACAUCUGGGAAUAAGAACGGAUGAUCAACGAUAUGAAUGUGAACAUUGUGGAAAGAAGUUUAAAAAUCGUAAAUGUUUAAAAAUACAUUUGAGGAUACAUACAGGCGAGACUCCGUAUGAAUGCGAACAUUGUGGAAAGAGGUUUAAUUUUGUCAGCUUUUUGAAAACUCAUUUGAGAAUACAUACUGGAGACACACCAUAUGUAUGUGAACAUUGUGGGAAAAGAUUUACAUACAAUAGUGCUUUGAAAAGACACUUGAGGAUACAUACAGGAGAAACACCAUAUGAAUGUGAACAUUGUGGAAAGAAGUUUAAAGACGGCAGCUCUUUGCAAAGACAUUUGAAGACACAUACUGGAGAGAGACCAUAUGAAUGUGAACAUUGUGAAAGGAAAUUUACAAAAAAUAAUGACUUGGCAGCACAUUUGAGGAUACACAGUGGAGAGACACCAUUUGAAUGUCAACAUUGUAGGAAGAGGUUUUAUCACAGAAGCUCUUUAAGAAGACAUCUAAGGAUUCUUGCAGAAGAGACAACAUAUGAAUGUGAACAUUGUGGAAAAAACUUUACAAAAAGUAGUAAUUUGGAAGCACAUAUGUUGACCCAUACAGGAGAAAAACCAUAUGAAUGUGAACAUUGUGGAAAAAAGUUUAAGGACAGUACCACAUUAAAAAAUCAUUUGAGGAUACAUACAGGAGAGAGACCAUAUAAAUGUGAACAUUGUGGAAAAAAAUUUAAAUAUAAUAGCACUUUGAAAAAUCAUUUGAGGAUACAUACAGGAGAGAGACCAUAUGCAUGUGAGCUUUGUGGAAAGAAAUUUAUUAAAAAAUAUAAUUUGUCAGAGCAUUCAAGGAUACAUAGGAUAGAGCUUUCAAAUAUACAAUAAGCAUUGUGGAAUGAGAUUUAUGAAAAAUAUAAAUUUCACAGUGCAGGAGCGAGAGAGAGAGUUCAUGUGAACAUUAUGGAAAAAUGCGUAUUGCUAAUGUUGCCAUGCUGUUAUACGAAUGGUAAACUAGAGUACCGUAGCGCGACAGACACUAAUAUAAAGAUUGUGGAAAAUGUGUAAAGGAUAUAAAUAAUAAUUAGAUAAUUUCAACAGCACAUAAUUUUGGUAACACUAAUACAGUAACACUAUACAAAUGUGAACACUGGGAAGGUAUAAAGAUGUGAUAAAUAUUUAGAAAGACAUAAUCUUGUGGGUUAUUAUUUCGGAAUUGUGGAAAGAAGAUUAAUGUGAUAGUGCUUUGAAAUGGAGAACAGAAAUUGAAUUAAAAAGAAAUGAAAGAUUUAUAUGAAA